ACAGCGCUCUGCAGCUGCUGUGAAGGGUUUCCCGGGGCGCCGGAACCAUUUCCCCUUCUUGGCGCCAGAACUCUGACAGGCUGAGAGACCUGUCCCCAAGUCGCACAGCUGGGAGUGCCAGGACGCCGGGCCCCGGUCAGCGCUCUUCCGUCUGCCAGCACGUGGGGCUCCAUUUCCUUUCCGGCUCCUGUCCAGUGCUCCCCCCGCACCCCAGUCUGGGGCCGGAAGACAGAGCCCGCGUGUGGACCGGGGGCGGCGACCCCUGGCUGCGAGCCAGCCAGCGUCCUCGGGCGGGGCCGCGCCCCUCGAGGGACAGCGGCUCAGGGCCCUUGCCUUGGCCUCCGCCAGGAUUGGGGGCGCGCAGUGGAGACACGGGGUGCUGGCCAGCCGCUUUCCAAAGGGCCAGCACUCCUCACGGCGCCGCGGCCGCCCUCGCACCUGCUCGUCCCGCCCAGGCCCGCCCCCUGCGGGGAGUGUCCGGCGGCCGCGCCCAGCUGGGUGGGGACGCGCGGGCUGAGCCGACCGAUCGCGGUCGGGGACGCGCGGGGGACGCUCGGGUGGCUGCUCCGGCUGCAGCCCGGGCGCCGCGUCGGGCGGGGAGCGCGCCAUGCUGGGCCGGCGGCGCGUCUUCGCGGUGGAGCCGCUCGGCCGGGAUGGGGCUGGGAAGGACCUGGCAUGCAGCUGUGUAGUGCCUGGAGUCACCAGUACCUACAGACGGAUCCCGGAUGCAGCUCAUGGUUGCCCAUCAGAUACCCGGAAGGAAGAGGUUGAACUGAGAAAUCUCAGAAGGCAAGUGCCACUUCUGAAACUGGCCUCCCGGGACUCAGGUGUAGAGAUGGUGGUUGGGGACAGCCCCCUGGCUACCUUAUCAGAACUUUCACAGGACUCUCUGAACCUUGAGCCCAUGGGGAGCCCUGAGCACCUGGCCCUUGAUGCCACAGAGCCCCCUGCCCAGCUGGGCCGGCUGCUGGCCAACCACAAGCUGGAGCAGGUGCUGGAGCGGUCCCGCCAGCUCCCCAGUGUGUCUGGAGACCAUGGUUCCUUGAGCAAGCCGAAGUGUGGAGUGUCCCUUUUUGGAGCAGGAGAGCAAGAGACCACUGAGGCCGAAACUAAGCUAGAGGCAGGCCUGGAAGCAGAGGUGGUGCAGGGUGUAGAUCCUGGAUCUUGGGCCUGCCUCCCGGGGCAGGGUCUUCGAUACCUAGAACACCUGUGCCUCGUGCUAGAGCAGAUGGCGAGGCUCCAGCAACUCUACCUGCAGCUGCAGACCCAGAGACCCCUCGGGAGUCUUGAAGAGGAGGAGUCAGCCCUGGUCCCUUUACCUUCACCUUCACCUACCCCAGUUAAUGGGGUACAGGGGACAGGGGAGCUGCUAAGCCGGACAAAGGAGACAGGGGCAGACGCAGCUUUAUCCCAAAAGGUGGGAGUGCUCAGCAUCAACCCUCCCAGGCUGACAGAGGCCCCAGUGGAACCAACUCACAGUUUUCUACUCUCCCAGGAACACAAGCAGGAUCUCUCCCACUGGGACAAGGUCAAGGUUCUCCUCAAUCGGAUCCGCUGGAGGAGCUCCCAACAUCCUGAGCCCCCUGCCCCUCCUAAUGGUUCUGACCCUAGGAUUGAGACCAGGGACCUCUCUGAAAGGCCUCAGUAUCACCCCCACCGGAAGACCUUUAUGCCAUCAUUAAUGGUUAAGAAGCGACGAGGAAAAAACCUUUCUGUAUAAUGAGACCUCUUUGUGCAUGGUGACUCUGAGUGGAGGGGAUUUGCUGUGAAGUCUUCCUCACUCUGCAUUGCCAGGGAGAGCUGUUGACUUGCCCUUCUCCAAGGCGAGGGCUGAGUCUGUAUCUUCUGAGCAGCCUGGCAGAGGAACCCUGGUUCCUUGAGAGGCUCCAAGGUGCAGCACCUCCAGGGUUCCUUAUCCCUGCCAGAAAUCCCUCUGCUUAGACAAUGUGAACUAACUUAUUUAUCAGAUGUUCAAGGAGCAUAUUUGGCACAGUGAUAUCUGGACCCAGCAUGGUGCAGAUGUGUUUAUGCAUAACAAUAUGUACUUCUUUGUGGGACUAUCAGUAUUGUGAACUGGCUGGAUUCAACCAUCCCUACUGGAAUCAUAUAUCCAAAGCUUUCAGAGCGAGAUAAUUGUGGAAGGAUGAAGUUGACCUUUCUUCUAUAGUGGUCAGUUACUGAACUGGAUUCCUGCUUUCCUCUUCAUACCUGAAUUGGCAGCUCUAGAACAGAGAAAGGCAUUGUCCUGGCUGCCUCUGUAUUGAGUCUUGCCCAUUGGGCACAGCCCUUGAAGACCACAUGAGGAAUUAGGAGGCUCAGGACAACGUGCAGAUCGGCAGAAUAACCUUCAACGUCAAUUCUCAGUUGCUCUGCUCCAUAUUAGCUUUUACCUGUCAGAGCUGAAACCAGAAGUCCAUACUAGCUUUUAGACCUUGACAAAGUCUAUUAACUUCUGAGCCACAACUUCCCAUUUGGGUUAAUGAUGCCUGCUCUGCCUACCUCACAAGCUUGUUAAGAGGAUAAAGUGAGAUUAAACUGUCUCAAAGAGUA